GCUGCUUCUUCUUGAUCCAAAGAGCAAAAUCAAAGAAACUCGAGAGUAUUUCACAAGCUUCUCACUUUGUUGCUGAGGUGCUGCGAAGUUGAGCUCAGUUCGUUUGCGAUGAAGGAGGGCGAUCUGCUUCCCACGUCAGCCACAGCGCUCGCCGGAGGCAAGCUUUCUACUGCUGCGGCGGAAGCGAUGCUCUUUGGCCGAGGCCGCUGCAAGUUUUGGGCCCUCGCUGCCAUCAGCCUCCUGGCCUUCUGGUCCAUGCUUGCCAGCACCGUUACCCUCAAGUGGACCGCCGGAAACCUUAAAGGAAUCUCCGAAGAGCUUGAUUCUCUUUCCCAGGACGAUCUCGACAUCCUGGAACUGGAGGAAAGGGAGAUGGUGGUGAGGCAUAUGUGGGACGUGUACACGCACAGCCGACGGAUCCGAUUUCCGCGCUUUUGGCAGGAGGCAUUCGAGGCCGCAUACGAGGACCUCGCCAGCGACGAGGCGGAGGUGCGGGACUCUGCAGUGACAGAAAUAGCCCGGAUGUCCAUGAAGAUGAUAGUUUUGGAGCCGACGCCUGGCAAAGCCAAGGGAAUAAAAAAGACUUAGCGUAUAGAUAAGCUCUCUUCGAGCGAUUGACAGCUCCCAGAACAAGAAAAAAGGAAAAUUAAUUGAAGAAAAGGUGAAAUUAGCUAUGCAUUCAUGUAUGUCUACGUCCCCUGUCGUGGUAGUCGGUGGAAUAAGGAAUCGCAAGACAAAAACAACAGCAGUAGCACAACAGAGGAGCGAAAGCUUUUAGAGCACAAACUGUGAUAAUAUGUAAUGUAAUGUAAUCCUUUUCUUCUUACAGCAGCUAUAUGCAUCUGUUAGACCGGUCUGACCAGUCCAUAAGGUGUGGACGAAACAGGCGGAGGCUUUUCCCCUCCUGUACGUAGGAGCGGACCGCCCAGGUUAGACGGAGGUUUUUUUGGAAGGAUUUUUUGAGGGAGUUAGGAGGGAAAUUUGAAUGUAGGGACUGUUCAGAGAUUUACUUUUGAAUUGUAUGCAUUAAAUAGUUGUUUUUUCUAAGUUUAUGACAUCUUGAAUUUUGCUGAAAUUUCAGAUAUCUUAGGUUUAGGUUACUUUGGACUCUAGCGACGUCUGGAGAAUCUGGAGAGAUCGAUCCUCUCAAAUUGAGGUUCACUUGUAGUUUUGUUUGUUUUUCUUCCAUUAGUUGAUUAUUCUCAAUAAAGUGAGCUGUUUUUCUUUGAUUUUUGUUGUCUCUCUCCUCCCCUUCCCUCUUUCUCUUCUAAGAAGAGCUCAAGACAUCGACAAAGUUCCAACAUUUGGUAUCAGAACCACGGUGGCGGUGAUCUCGAAGGAGGAAGGUGUUCUUGAGGUGUUCAAGUUGUCGGUAACCUGCAGAAGCUAAUCAGUGCGGAGGUUCCACAAUCGGCAAGGCAGAGCAGACGGGCUCAUUGUUGUGGCCUUCGACGUUCGCGUGAAUGGGGCAAAGACCGAUCUUGCAAGCGACCGCGGGGGUGGCUGCAGGUGAGGCCGCUGGAUCGGUCUGGCCGGGCGGCGGAAGACCGCGCGGGUGGAAACCGCACGGGGUGCUUGCGGGAGCGCGGAGGUGCGUCCGUGGAGUCCGGGA